AGGCGCCGUUGCCUCUGUUGCGUGGACACUCGGAUAAUAUGCAUUUUUUGCCUCUGAGGAGGAACAGCAUGGGACAGCUGUGGCUACCUCCAUUGCUGUGAACUUGUUGGCGGUUUGCUUAACCAGACCUCGGUGUUGAACGCGCAUUAGGUUCGUCGUUGCCCGAAGAUCAGACGGCUGUCUCGCAUCACACGUGGCUGUAAAUGGACGUUUACGGAAGCAUCGUUUCAAACAACCGCUCACCGCAGUAGGCACCGUGCGAUGAGCUAGACCGCGAGUCUCAUCAGCCUGCGACAGUGGUGGAAGAGGCGAUCCAAGGACCCGCCAGUGGUGUAAAGAUGCCGGUUUGCGAAGCAUGGAACUGCGAUAACAGCGGCGACUUUCCUGGCACAACUUUCCACAAGUUCCCACUGGACUCGCCAAUGCUCCUGAAGGCAUGGGUACACAACGUGAACCUGCCACCGCCUUGGGAACCGACCGAAGACUCGCUGCUCUGCUCGGACCACUUCCUGGAGCGCUGCUUCGAGCGCUCGGGCAGCACCGCCAGGCUGCGACCCGAUGCCGUGCCCACCAUCUUCGCCUACCCCGACAAUAGGCAGCAGGAUGUGAUCGAAUAUGUUUCGGACAACUGCGCUGGGCCAGCCAAGAACAGUGAGGGGGGCAGCGAGUCGUCGUCUCUGGACCACAGCUACGGUACGCUCAAGGCCGCUCCGGCUGCAACAGCAGUGGCACAAGGGGGUGCAGUUCGCAGGGUGCGGCUCCCCGAGGAAGGAGAAUCGCUCCGCAAGAAGCUCAAGUUAUCUAGGCAGCGAGUGCGCCGGCUGGAAGAGCGCGUCUCCAUGUUGAACGACAUGGUCUAUUCACUCCUCAACCAGACCAUCAUGGAGAUGUAGGCAGUACUUGUACGGAAAUUAGGGUUCUGCUCGAGUCGGCGCCGGAAGUUGGAGUACCACUGCUCCAGCGCCCGCAUGGGGAAGAAGCUCUCGCCCGGAUGCGUGGGCACGCUGACAGAGCCCCCGUACGAGGCCAGGUGGUUGAAGAGGCUCUCCGCCAUCUUGGUGCAGAACUCGGUGUGCGAGUCGACGGCCGACGCAUCUCCCAGCGGAGACGCCUGGAACUGGAUCUGGGCCAGUGGCUCGACCGAGAUGCCCAGCUGGGCCACGCUGCUGAACCCGUGCGCCGAGAAUGCGUGCAUCUCCGAACACUCUGCAAACACACGCACACGUUUGGACGAGUUGGUACAAAACGACGCGCACGACACGAGGGAGGAGCUACGCUUGAACCGGUGCAGCCUCACUCUCUCUGUGCAAUUUCGUAGAGUUCUGCGCAUCUGCCUCGGUUUCUCGGAUGCAACUUGUGCCGAUCAUCUUCACUGCUGUUGUGACAAGGCGACGCUAAAUGUACAUUUGCCAAGGAAGUGCUGGGAAGUUAGUGUUGCAGCAAGACUCUGGCCAUCACAGCUUGGCACAGUUUGCUAAGCCAGCAAGAUCAAGCAGCUCCCGUGACUUUGUGCGUGCACGCUCCAGAAGUGACGCAAAAACACACCGUGCUUAUGAUGUGGUGACCUCGUAAGGCACUCACCAAACGUGCUGCACAUGCCAGGAAGGCUGCUAUUAAAACUUCACUCUUGAAA